AUGGAGUCUGCUACCGUGGACGUGCAACCUCUGCUCUCAAAUCAGUCAUCUGGCUGUGCUGCCGCAGACAGGACGAUGGAGAACCAGUUCUUCGGCUGGUUCUACAUCGGGGUGUUCGUUCUGGCGCUGAGCGGGAACAGCCUGGCUCUCUGGAUCUUCUCCCGCCAGCGAGGGGUUUCCUCUCCCGCUAACGUCUUCCUGAUCCACCUGGCCGUGGCGGACCUGUCGUACGUGGUCAUCCUCCCGCUCAGGGCCACCUACCACUUCACGGGGGGCCACUGGCCCCUGGGCGAGGUUCCCUGCAGGGUGGUGGGCUUCCUGUUCUACGUCAACAUGUACGCCAGCCUCUACUUCCUGGCCUGCGUGGCCGUGGAUCGCUACCUGGCCGUGGUUCACGCGGUGAGGUCGCUGAAGAUCCGCCAGGGCCGCUACGCUCACAUGGUCAGCUUCUCCCUGUGGGCUCUGGUGACCGUGGCCAUGGCGCCGCUGCUCGUCACCCACCAGACGGCCCAGGUGGACAACACCACCGUGUGCCUGCAGCUGUACAGAGAGAAGGCCUCGCGCAGCGCGCUGAUCUCGCUGGCCGUGGCCUUCACGCCGCCGUUCCUGGCCACCCUGUCCUGCUACCUGCUCAUCAUCCACAGCCUGCACCGCGGCUCCCGGCUGGAGCCGGCCCUCAAGCUGAGGGCGCUGCGCACCAUCGGCGCCGUCAUGCUCAUCUACAUCGUGUGUUUCCUGCCGUACCACAUGAGCAGGGCCACCUUCAUCCUGGGCUACAGCCAGCCCGGGGUCUCCUGCCGGGCGCGGCGGGCCCUGAGCACGGCCAACCGCCUCACCUCCGGCCUCACCUGCCUGAACGGAGCCAUGGACCCGCUCGUCUACCUGUUCGGGGCCGAGAAGUUCCGCGGCGCUCUCCGGCGGUUGUUCUGCAGAGAUAAGACGGGAAUGUCCGCGGCCACGAGCGGAGAGUUGAAGGGAACGCACGAGAGCUCCGUGAGCGCCAAGUCUGAGUUCUGAGGGACUUUAACGAGACUUUUCCAGCAGAGCCAGCUCUGCUCGGACUCUAGCGGACUAUUGAUUUGGAUUGAAAGUGGAAGAUGGACCCGGGGCCUAGUUCUCACGUCCACCCUGCACUCUAACACAUAAACCCACAUGUACAUAUAGCACUUCAGUGACCAGCGGAGGCUGGCGGGAGCAGAUUACAUGAGAAUACUAUUUAGAAGGAAAUGUUGAUGAUGAUGUUUAUUACGCUGUAACGAAGGUUCUGUAACCUUUGAUCUUGUAUGUGUUCUGGGUCUCAGUGGUUCCUCUUGGUUCAAGCACAUCAAAUGUCCCCUAUGAGCUCAUUUAUCUUCGAAGCAAUUACAAUUUACAUACUUUAUAGAUACGAUAAUUACAGGACUGUCUCAGAAAAUUAGAAUAUUGUGAUA